AUGUCUAGCAAAAUAUUGACGGCAUUACAAUGGGCUAAUCGCUUCAAGGCGAUUGAAGAUGGAUUGGAGAGUGCAAGGGUGAACACUGAAGGAUUAAUUCACCCAUCGUCGAGUGAGCAUGUCAGCCAGAUGUCAGUGCAUGAGGAUGGUGUCUUGAAUGCACCCAUCCUUCCUACUCCUAGCCCAUCAUUGACUGCGUCUCAGCCCAAUAAUCCCUUCACAGUGGUCAAGAAAGCAUCUGUGAUGCCAAGGCAGGAUGAAGGAGAUCCUGAUCCUGCCAUGGAGACCAGAUCUUUGUUUCAGCUUUCAUCUGACUGGAAGAUGCUGGAUCGCUACCUCAUAUCAUGCAUCAACAUCGAUGAACAUCUAUUUGAGGUCACUCUGUUCAUCAACAUGUUGAAGGGCUCUUGUGUGGUGUGUUUCAUGACUGACAAAGCCACGUCAGGCAUGCCCACCCAUAACAACGCACUGCACUGCCCAUUUGCCAACAUAUUCUGCAAGUCGGACAUUGAAGAAUUUUGCACAGAAUAUUGA